AUGGAUCAAGAAACAUUACUGAAAGAAAAUAGAACGAAACUGAAGGAAUUUGUUCUCUUGGAUUUUGCUGAGCUGUCCCAUCUCCAGUGGUUCCUUUUUGGAUUAUUUUUGAUCAUUUAUGUUAUUAUUGUGAUAAGCAAUGGCACUAUAUUUCUUCUAACAAAAAUCGAUCCUGCCCUCCAAAGCCCGAUGUAUUUUUUCCUAGCAAACUUUUCCUUCCUUGAAAUCUGCUAUGUAUCCGUCACUCUCCCCAGAAUGCUGAAGAAUCUUGCUACACAGAGAAGAAGAAUCUCCCUGGUUGCCUGUGCGACACAGAUGUACUUCUUCUUUGUGCUUGGAAGCGCGGAGUGUUUGCUCCUGGCAGUGAUGGCCUAUGACCGCUAUGUGGCCAUCUGUAACCCUCUGCACUAUCCUCUCGUCAUGAACUAUCGGCUGUGUGUCCGGCUGGUGACUGGCUCCUGGAUUGCUGGAAUUCCCUAUCAGAUUGGGCAGAUUUAUCAGAUUUUCUCUCUCCCUUUCUGUGGAUCCAACCAAAUCAACCACUUCUUCUGUGACAUUCCACCCAUACUCAAACUAAGUUGUGGGGACACGUUUGUAAAUGAAAUUGUGGAAUUUAUAGGGGCAUCAUUAUAUGUUGUGGUUCCAUUUCUAUUGAUUCUUGCCUCCUAUAGUAAAAUCAUCUUCACCAUCCUGAAGCUGCCAACAGCCACAAGUCGUGCCAAAGCCUUCUCCACGUGCUCAUCUCAUCUGAUGGCUGUGAUGUUAUUCUUUGGAACAGGCAUCAUUUCAUACCUAAGACCAGAGACCAGCCAUCCAGAGGGAACUGACAAAGUCCUGUCUCUUUUCUACACUAUUCUAACCCCAAUAUUUAACCCUCUGAUUUAUAGUUUAAGAAAUAAAGAUGUUACAAUGGCACUGAGAAAAGUGCAAUACAAAUUAAUACACUCUUUUAAGGAAUAA